AUGCGUAACUUUACGAGGAUCCUGCUUUGCCGCUCCCCUUCCGGGAAAUGCCUGAGCAAAAGCGCCCACCUCGGGGGAAAUCACCCAUUCCGCUUUAAAAAGGCACACAUAAAAACACUGCAUAAUUUCCUGGAUGUCCUAGAAUUCGAAGAGGGGAAGGAAGACGAUACGGAGUACAGACGAAUCGAUGAGCUAAGCAAAUACAUUGAAGUUGUCAAAAUUAAGGACAGCCCAAUUAACGAAAGUAAGUAUUAUGGAUACAAUUUCGAAAAUGAAGAUAAUUUUUUUCAUCCCAAUGGAGAAUUGAAAAACUUACCUGAACAGGUCAGGCAAAAUGAAGUAGAACGAAUAAAGGAGUACAUACAUAUUCCCCCAUUCGUUUUAACGAAAUUAUGCGAAUAUGCAUUUAGGGAAAUUCUAUUUUUUCUAAAUAAAAAACAUUUGAAGCAAUUGAGCAAUAUAUUGAAGGAUGGAGAGUCCAGCAAGAACGACAAGUAUGUCGCCAUGACUUUAAUUAAAAAUGCAGUGAUCAGCGCUGAGCAGAACUUGCCUGGGUGUCAGGACACGGGGACAGCUAUCAUUUUGGGGAAAAAGGACGAGGAAAUAUUAACCACUUACGAGCACAAGUAUUUGAACUUAGGCGUUUACAAUGCCUAUCGGAAUAAUAAUUUUCGGUACAGCCAGCUGUCUCCUCUCAGUAUGUUCAGCGAGGAAAAUACAAAAAACAACUUGCCUUGCCAGAUCGAGAUUUACAGCUCCGUGCGCGGGGCGAAGGCACAUGGUGUGAAGACACCACCGGGGGUGCAGUUGUCUGCCUCGUCUACUGCUCCCAUCGAUUCAUCCCCCAAGUACGAACUGAUAUUCAUCGCCAAGGGCGGCGGGAGCGCAAACAAAACCUUCCUCUUCCAACAAACCAAGAGCAUCCUGAAUGAAGACAAGCUUUACGAUUUUCUCCUCGAGAAAAUUAAAGAAAUCGGAACCUCCGCAUGCCCCCCAUAUCAUUUGGCAGUAGUCAUUGGAGGGCUUUCUGCAGAGAUGAAUUUGAAAGUGGUUAAAUUAGCAUCUUGCAGAUAUUUGGAUAAUUUGAAGAAGGAGGGGGGAGGAUAUGGAAAGGCAUUCCGAGACACCAAGAGUGAGGAGAUUAUUUUGGAGAAGGCACAGGCGCUAGGUAUAGGUGCUCAAUUUGGGGGGAAGUACUUUGUGCAUGAUGUGAGAGUGAUCCGUCUACCAAGACAUUCCGCUUCUUGUCCCAUUGGCAUUGGUGUUUCUUGCUCAGCUGACAGACAAAUAAAAUGCUUGAUUAAUCGAGAAGGGGUAUUCAUGGAGGCUCUGGAACACGAUCCCAUUAAAUACCUCCCAGAAAUUACUUACAAUGAUUUGAAGCAGAUCGGAGGGGUUGCCACGCGCACUGGGGGCGAUGAUCACGCAAAAAACGAAACAGGGGAAGGCCUACCUGGGGAAGGAGGCGUACCCAUCAACCUUAAUCAGCCCAUGGAAAGCAUCCUCAAAUGUCUAUCCGAACAUCCCGUGUCUACGCUGCUGCUCCUAUCUGGCAAGUUAAUAGUCGCCAGGGACACAGCUCAUAAAAGAAUAGUGGAUGACUUUGUCAUGCGCGGAAUACCCAUCCCAGAGUAUUUUAAAAAGUUUCCAAUUUAUUAUGCAGGCCCAGCCAAAACUCCGGAUAACUAUGCCAGUGGAUCAUUUGGACCUACCACAGCUGGUCGUAUGGACGCCUAUGCUGAAGUGCUUAUGAAAAAUGGGGCUUCCUUAAUUUCACUGGCCAAAGGGAAUAGGUCGUCCGUUGUACGGAGCGCAUGUAAAAAGUACCAUGGGUUCUACUUAGGUAGUAUAGGUGGCCCUGGUGCCAUUUUGGCGAAGAAAAAUAUAAAGAAAGUAGAGGUGAUUGACUUUGCAGAGCUCGGAAUGGAGGCUGUGCACCUCAUCGACGUGGUCGACUUCCCCGCCUUCAUCGUCAUAGACGACAAGGGAAACGAUUUUUACAACAAGUGGAUUCCCCUGUAA